GACGCGUGCGGUAUCGUUGAAACUGAAAGUAUGUGGUAGUUUGAUGUUGUGGUAAGUGGUGUUUAUGUAAUUCAUUGCAGGAAAAAAACUACGAAAAAUUUGUUAUUUUAAAAUAAAAGUGAAAUGCGUUUCAUAUCUAUAAGUGCUCACGUUCCGGUAUACGUUUUAAUAGAGAUAGGUAGUGACAUCACUUUGUGUCAGGAUUUCGUAAAUAUAAACAGAACUGGCAGAACAACCACUGUUGAUCAGCAGAUCGGAGAGAUAUAGUAUAGAAUGGCAGAAGAUGCAAGCUGUAGCCCCAGUCUUCUGAAUAAGAUAUAUAUGUUUAAGAGAGAGGGACCAGCAGCAACACUGCCACGGAUCUCCAAUGACUGUGAUUUCCAACCAGUUAGAAAUGGCAUUGAUGCAAACGUGAUAGAGCUAGAUGAUGAUGAUGACGACGUGAAGCCGUUUCAGCGUAAGAAGAUUACUUAUUGUAUAAUAGAUGAUGAUGACGAUGAUGACAUCCAAGAGAUACCUAUCGAGCCAGUACCAUCAGUUUCUGAAGAACAAGAGGUUAUUCCUGUAGAGAAUGGGGUAGAACCUGAGGCUGUUGAUGGCAUACAACCUGAGGCUGUUGAUGACAUACAUGAAAAACAAGUAAGCCUUGACUUCCUGGAAGAUGCAUUUCCCACUAAAGAUAAAAUGGAAUUACAAGAUGCCCUUGCACGCAGCAACUGGAAUGUGGAGCAAGCAAUGGCCAGACUCUGUGAAGAGAAGUUUUCUGAUACAGCUAAAAGAAAAAAUGAUGAUGAACUGCAGCACAAGAAAGUUAAGAAAGCAAAGAAAAACUAUAGGGAUAUUGAAGACAGGACAUCUGAUGUUGAUGAUGAUGAUGCCCAGCCAUUCAAGAGAAGGUUAUUUGAUAGUGAUGAUUCUGAAACUGAAACAACUGAUGUGAGUAACCAUGACAAGAAGAAAGUCCUGGAGUUUUUGUCAACGGCAACAAUUCCUGAACUGAAAGCUAUGUCAUACUGUUCGCAGAAGAAGGCAGAGGCAAUUAUUGAGCAGCGCCCUUUCAGUAGUUGGAGUGAUCUCGUUGAAAAGUUUCAGAGUGGAAAACACCUUGGUACAGAGUUACUGAAUUCUGCACAGGAUAUCUUAAGUACCCGCAGGGAAGUGAAGGAACUAAUGAAGAGAUGUGUAAAACUUGCCAAAAAGUUAGAAAAAGCUGUGCUUGAAGGUGCUACUGGCAUAAAGGAGCAGCCAGAAUUGUUAUCAGAUGGUCUCAAGCUAACAGCUUAUCAGAUGGUUGGCCUAAACUGGUUAAUGGUUCUACACAAUCAGAAGGUCAAUGGAAUUUUGGCUGAUGAAAUGGGACUUGGAAAAACUGUCCAAAUAAUUGCAUUCCUAGCACAUCUCAAGAAACUUGGGAUCGCACAAAAUGUUCCUCACUUAAUAAUAGUACCUUCCUCAACUCUAGAUAAUUGGAGCAAUGAAUUUGAAAGAUGGUGUCCAUCUUUACGUGUUGCUGUUUAUUAUGGACAUCCUGAUGAAAGAAGACUAAUGCGUGUUAAGUGGAUCAAGGGCGGCAUGGAUGACGUUGAUGUUGUAAUAACAACGUAUACAGUCCUAAACAGUUCACCUGAAGAGAAAAAACUGUUCCGAGUGUUAGAAGUAAACUAUGUCAUACUAGAUGAAGGUCACAUGUUAAAAAAUAUGACAACUCAGCGAUUUGAAACACUGAUGAGGAUAAAUGCGAGGAGAAGAGUAUUGUUGACUGGCACCCCAGUGCAAAAUAAUUUAGUGGAACUUAUGUCGCUGUUAACAUUUUUAAUGCCAAAUAUGUUUGCUGGAAGAAAAGAGGAUUUAAAAAAGAUAUUUUCAAAAGGGCAGAAACAAGCUGCAGAAAAUGAAAAGAAAGACCAGCAACCACAAUUUGAGCAACAACAGAUUGCACAAGCACGAAGAAUCAUGAAACCAUUUCUACUGAGGCGACUGAAAUCUGAGGUAUUGAAAGACCUCCCCAAAAAGACUGAAUCUCUCGUGAUGUGUCCCAUGAAUAAAAACCAGAAAAUUAUGUAUGAUAACCUGGUUAAAGCCUUCUCAAAAGCUGCAACAGAGACUGAUUUAUCGGAGGGCAAUGAGGGGGACGGUCUGAGUGGAAUAGGUAUGACAAUGGAUUUGCGUAAAAUGGCAAAUCACCCUCUGUUGUUACGGUAUAAUUACACUGACGAACAGCUGAAAAGUAGUGCUGCAUAUCUUGCCCGUAACCCAUCAUAUAAAGGGGACAAGGAAGAUGUCAUCUUUGAAGACCUAGCAUGUAUGUCGGAUUUCCAACUGCAUCAGUUGUUCAUAGAGUUCAAGGAGCUUUCCAAGAAUGCAUUACCUACUGAAUUAUUCUUUGAGUCUGGAAAGUUUGAAAAGUUUGAUGAAAUCCUGCCUAAUCUGAAAAGUGAAGGCCACAGGGUACUGAUUUUUAGUCAGUUUGUGAUCAUGUUGGAUGUUAUGGAAGAGUACUUGAGACUUCGAGAUUAUUCAUACCUUCGUCUUGACGGAAGUACCCAAGUAACAUUUAGGCAGGAAUUAAUCAAUACAUUUAAUGAAGAUGACAGUAUUUUCAUCUUUCUUCUGUCAACACGAGCUGGAGGGAUGGGGAUAAAUCUAACUGCAGCUGACACAGUAAUCAUCCAUGAUAUUGAUUUCAAUCCAUACAAUGAUAAACAAGCUGAAGAUAGGUGUCACCGUGUAGGGCAGUCAAGAGAUGUGACAGUAAUUAGGUUAAUUAGUGAGGGAACUAUUGAAGAAGGAAUGCUCCAAAUAGCACAGGAGAAGCUUUCAUUGGAACGACAGAUCAAUAGUGAAGAUAAUGUUGCGGACAGCAAGAAUGUAGUUUGUUUAUUGAAACAAGCACUUGGACUGGAAGCAAGGACUGCUGGCAAAUAAUUUAUACAUACUUAAAUAAAGCGGUGCAUAGCUUUGUUUGCAGUUUUUGUUGAUGACUGCUUGUGGAAGGAAAGGCGUGUGUUACUGGUGUGAAUCGAGUAAUUAUGAGUCAUUGUACAUAGUGUCGAGACAACAGGAUUAUAUAAUUAUCGUCAGAUGGUGAAUAAGUGGCAGAGCAUUUAUGUAUGUCUUGUUUACCAAUAAUGUGAUGAUGAUAUCCUAAAUGAGAAAAUUUGGCAUAGGUGCAAAUAUAUAUGUCAAAUAAUAAUUUGUUUCUUUAACGAGAAACUUUUAGGCAUCGAAUUUUAAGUUGAAAGGAAUGGCUACCUGAUGUUAGGUGAAGCUGUACUUUCUGAAAUGUGAUAUGCUUUACUUACUCUUUUACUUAACAUUUUAACUCUCUUGCAGAGGUUUGAUAUCCAUUUUCAGUAUUAAGAACCUACAAACUGUAUUGUAGAGAGGGCACAUUCAGUUCUACUUUUGUUGUAAUUAUUUAUAAUUUUGUUUUCCUUCAGAAAUAUCUGUUAUGAAGUCUGUAUGGUGUCACACAUAGUUGUAAUUAAAUUUUUUUCUAUUUGUA